CUGUAAACUGUAUGAACGGCACACACUGUCAAAUGGUCGUGCUCUUCUGGAAUCAGAUGAAAUUUUAUUUUCCGCAGAUCCAGACGGUGAGAGAAUCUCUGUGCGUUCUGUGAUAGAGAAACGUCCUGUUGUCUUGGCCUAGGUGCUGAACCUCAACUGUUACAAAUCCAUUCCAUCGGUCGGUUCGUCCUUCGAAGUGCAGAAUCUAUAUAUUUUACGAUCAUCCUCCAUACAGUGCUCUAAAGGGUAAAGUGCAAGCUAAAUAAGUGCAGAAAGAUGGACAGUUUUCUGGGAAGUUCGGAAAGUGGUGUUCCAAAGAAUUUGGGAGAAAUGUCCAAGGAACAAUUCGGUGACCUCAUAACGGACCACUCCCGUUUUCCGAGUGGUGAAGAAAAGUCGGACAUUUCACAGAAAUUUCCAUCCGACGUAGAUCUGUUGGGUGAUUCUUUUACGAUGCCCUCUACUCAUACUGCGCCGGACAAUAAAGUGCUGGAGCAAGAAAAAGAAAACUUCGACGACUUCUUCAUGGGGGUAGAUAAAAAGGCCAAUUCUGAGGCCGCAGCAUCCUCGAUAAGUAAUCUGAUCGAUGUUGGCGAACCAGACAUGUUCGAACCAAAGAAGAAAUCAAAUAACGAACCAGAAAAGUCUCUGUUUACGGAUUCGACUCCAUUCGGCUCAGGCCCAGAUGAGUUAGUGCAUGUGAAAGACGAAAUUGAAAGUGACUACAUGAACCCAUACGCCGAGGUUCGUCCUCAGGCUCCAGUACAAAGCAGCCAGAAAGUGGAAGAACCACCAGCUGUUCCAGCGCAGUCCAGCAUCAAAGAUGAUUUAUUCGAGGAUUUUGUGAGCCAUACUAAGGCUGAUCAAUUCGAUGACCCUUUGUUCGCUGAUUCAUCGUCGUCAGCUGCUGCCCCCCCGGCUGUUGUUGCCCCUGAACCAGCCCCAGCCCCUCCCGUUGUUACUCCUGCUUCUGUUGCUCCUAUCAUAACCGCACCGGCUGAACCACCAAAAGUAAAGACCCCCGUUGAAAUUCCACAGGAAAAACCGAAAGCUCCACCGGCCGUCGUUCCUUCUUCCUCUGGCAAAACCGCUUCCAACGACCAGUGUAUUCAAGCUGAGAAAAUAUUCAAACAAUUCGGAUUGGAUGCUUGGUUCAAACCGGAAAAACUGCACCCAGUAGUGGAAUCCCUGAUCUACUGGCGCGAUGUCAAGAAGUCCGGAGCCGUGUUCGGCGCUGGUCUCACCAUCCUGAUUGCCAUGUCACUGUUCUCGCUAAUCAGUGUCUUCUCGUACGUGUCCCUGCUGGCCCUGUUCGGUACCGUCUCAUUCCGGAUCUACAAAAAUGUGCUGCAGGCAGUGCAAAAGACCUCCGAAGGACACCCUUUCAAAGAAUACCUGGACACUGACCUGACCCUGUCGCAAGAAAAGGUACAACAGCUGAGCACAGUGGCCGUGGCACACGUCAAUGCCCUGCUGACGGAACUGCGCCGUCUGUUCCUGGUGGAAGACCUGGUUGACUCCAUCAAAUUCGGCGUCGUCCUGUACUGUCUAACCUACGUUGGUGCCAUCUUCAACGGAAUGACAUGCGUCAUCAUCGCAUUUGUCGCAUUGUUCACCUUGCCAAAGGUCUACGAGAACAACAAGCAGUCCAUCGAUGCUUACUUGGAACUGGUCAGAAGCAAAAUUCUGGAAGUUUCCGACAAGAUUAAGGCUGCCGUUCCUAUCGGCAAGAAGGCCGAAACCGAGAAGGAUAAAUAAGAUGAUUUAGUUUAUAUUUUUUAAAGAACCUCUUUUUAUUUUUUUAUUUAUUGAACUAUUAACCACAAUGAAAAGAAUGAAGUUUAAACUAAACGAAAAAAAAUCGAAUCUUUUAUUCCCACGCAAAUUUAUUGUUUAAAGUGUAUUCGUUUUAACGCCAAGUACUACUGAUAUGACCCAAGAAAUCUAAAUACUGAACGAUUUAAAUUUAAGCAGAUUACCAAGAUUGCGGAUAAGAAUGAUAAAUAAAAAGAUAAGAUUACCUUUCCGUUGCCUUUAUUUUACCUUUGUGAUUACUCAAUGGAUCAAAACAAAAGAAAACUCUCACACAUAGACAAAAGUAUGCGUAGUAGUAAUAGCUGUAAUAAUCCAAAUAAAACUCUUCAAAUAAGAGAAAAGAAAUCGAAUGCAGAAUUGAGAUUAACUCUCAAUAAACAAGUUUCAAACAAAGUCAAACCCCUUUCGAAGUAUCGUUUUGUCUGGAGAUAGCAGUAAAGUAGUUCACUCGCCCACAUCACUCACCCAACUGGAAUUCACUCAUCGAUCGAAGUCAACACCACAAACUCGGUUUAAAUGUUUAUCAAAACAGUUAAGUAUUAAAACAAGAAAAUAUGAGGAAUAAACACAACACACACUUAGAGAUUGAUAGUUUUUUUGGAAAUCUCGUAACCAUCGUUAAGGUUUUAGUUGACACCCCGCCUCCGUGUUACAGAAUCCGUUUUUUCCUUUUCUUUUGUGAGGUUGUGAUCAUUGUUUCGUGCGUGUGUUGUUUUUCUUUUCUGCAACGGAUCGAGCUAAGUCCAAACAGAGGUGAAUUCACACUCACGCAGACAAAGGCAUUAUGUUGGUUGGUUGAACCAAAUCGAAUAAUUUUGCGACAAAAUAAAAUGUGAAAUUGCUUCAGCAAAACAAAUCCAAUUCGCUUAAAUUUGUGUAAAAUUAUUGAAACGAGCAAAAAAGUGGCUAUAUUCAUAUUUGUAAUUGUAAUUCGUAUAGGAGUAUAAGAGCUUGUUUGAAGUGGAGCGAAGCAAAGCAAAGCAACUUAUCUAAAAUGCAACAAAACACGCGGCGUUGAGUCUCUAUAAGCUAAUUCUGUUGAAACAAAGUAAACCCUGUGCAUUAUUUAAGCAACAUAUGAAAUGCAAAAGGUAAAUAUCGAAUCUUUUUUCCGUUACUCGUUAUCGUAAGCGUUUGUUUUUAGCCUAAAUGAGCAGAAACCAUUUUUCGAUUCACCUUUUUCUAGAAGUAAAUUGGAGAUGCAAAAAAUCGUAGCAUGUACAUGAAAGGAACAUCAUAAGCACAUACACGAAGAAAAAGAAAUGCUUAAAUGAAAAAAAUACUUUAUUAUUAUAAUUCAUUACUGAAGUGCGAAAGUAAGAAGAAACAAAAACAAAUAUAUAAGAAUUGUCAUCAAUGCAAAAGAAUGAAAUAAUAAAAAAGGAAGAUGAGAAA